AUGGAAAGAAGUUUUGAAGGAGGUGGUGGUGGAGGUGCCUUUGAAGACGGUGAAAUCUCCAUCGCCUGGCGAAACUUGGACUACUCGGUGGGUGAGCUGUCCUCUUGGAAGUACCAACGAAAGCCGAUUCUAAGAGGGUUGACGGGAGCAUUUCGAACCGGCUCGCUGAACGGACUUCUUGGACCGUCUGGUGCUGGAAAGACGACCCUGCUCAACUGCCUGAGCGGUUGUCUCACUUCGGGCGCCCUUUCCGGUGAGAUCUUUCUUAAUUCGGACCGGAGCUCGGCAGCCUUCUACUACAUUGCCCAGCACGUCCACGAGAACAUCUUCAGCGAGCUGACAGUGGGCCAGCUGCUGCGCUAUGCGUUUGCUUUUAAAAAUGGCCGUCGGGUGAAGAACUCGGUUCGCGAGGAGCACAUCUCCAAAACGCUGGAAGUGUUAGCCCUAGGAGGCAGUGAAGAGGAACCGACUUCUAAAUCUGCAGACUCUUCGAAGACCAAGAAGAAGAAGGACAGCAUCCUCAAACGACCCUUUGUCCUCUGCAGUGGUGGCGAACAGAAGCGCAUUUCCAUCGCCCAAGAGUUGAUGUCCCUUGAUGGACGAUUUAAUCUCUUUUUGGAUGAGCCGACCACUGGCCUGGACAGCGCCACCGCCUACGGCCUGGUGGCCUGCCUCCGUCGCCUGGCGGCCACCAACGGCAACACCAUCAUCGCCUCCAUUCACACGCCCAACGAGGAAACCCUCCAGCUCUUUGACCAGCUGUACAUCAUGGCCCGUGGGGGCGUGGCCAUCUUUUCGGGGUCACCAGCAAGCCUAUCCACCCGCCUUAAAGAACUUGAGGAUUCGGAUUUCGAAAACUCUGACGAGGAUUCUGACCUUGAGAUGGAAACGGUUUUCACCUCGCCCGAAGCGCCGCCCAUCGAAGCGAUGCUCAAGGUCGCCUGUCGGGGCUUUGAGCACGAGGAUGUCCUCCAGCUGGCCGGCCCGGUCAAGGUUCAGUCGAACUUGGCCAUCUCCAAGCAGAUAACAUCUCUCACCCGUCAACCUCAGGGUGGCAUUCAACAGUCGUACAAGCUCUUCAAUCCCUGCGACCUGCUCACCGAGACGCUGCGCCUCUUCCGCCUGACCUUCUUCAACGCCCGCAGCUCCCUCCUCUCCACCUUCCUCCUCUUUGUCUUCUUCUUCGUCAUGCUCACCAGCAUCUUUGACCACCACAAGGCGACGGCAAAAGGCUGCUUCAGCGUCGUGCCGGUCUUUUCCCCAAAUGAAAGUACGGCCAACUCUUCAGGUGGCCAGCCUGUCUGCCAGAACAUUGAGCAGUCGCUGCUGACGAAUGAACUCCUUAGCGAGAACCUGCACUUUCUUUCCUACACCGUCUACCUCAUCGGCAUGAUCUCCCUGGUGGCCAAUGUGAGCCUCUUUGGGAAGUACCUCAAAGUCCUGCUCUCCGAGCAUCACAAUC